GAGCCAAUGGGCAACAAUACCAGCAUUGGAGCCAGAGCGAAGGCCAUCACUGUAGAGAAUCUGCAAAUUCCAAAAAGAGGCAUGCAUACACUGACUUGUACUGAUUCAACAGGCCACCAAAAACGUGUCUGGAACUAUGUCGGUUUUCCUCCACAGAAGCCCAGGAACCUCAGCUGUUUCACGACUGACCUGUCAACUGUCACCUGCACCUGGGAUCCAGGCAGAGUUCCAAGCAAGCCCAACAAAUCAACACUCAUCCUCCACAAGGAGAAUUCCGACCAGGGUCCAAUCAGCUGUGAACGAUCGCCCUGUAAUUUCUCAGUCAUACCAGAGUUGAGAGAAUACAACAUCACUCUAAAAGUGAAUAACAGUCUUGGAGAGGAAGCAGACACUUACAGCUUCAAUAUCACUGACCGAGUGUUUCCAGUUGUAAAAUGGCACAGUGUGAGCCCAGGAGCCACAAACACCACACUGUCCUGGAUCAUCCAGGGGAACCUGAAUGAACUAGACCUGGUCUGCGAGAUCAGCAACAACACAGGACCAGCCACACAGGUGCAUUGCAGAAGUGUGGACUGUCCUUGUAAAUACAAGGUGGAACAUCUGCUUCCCAAUACUGGCUACUCUGUUAGCCUACGCUGCUCUGUCAAUGGAAGGCUCUGGGGAAAAUGGACACAAACUGAAUUUAAAACAUUGCCAUUUGUGACAGUAAACUUAUGGAGAAGGAUAAUCUCAAUGAAUGACUCCCUCAGCCGUAACGUCACUCUGCUGUGGACUCCGGAUGUUCCUGGCUCAGCAGACACUGUGACAAUCACUGGUUACACAGUGCAGUGGUGGCAGAAAGACAAGAGCGAGUCUCUGUGGAAGAACAGUGGAGAGACCGAGGCAGAAGUCUGCAUUGGUCCUGAACAGUAUAACCUCAAUGUAAAGGCCUCUGUCCACAAUGGUUUCUCCAUUCCCGCUCACGUCAUCAUCCCAAAGUUGGAUGACAGAGAAAAAAUACCAAAGAAGAUGCAGUUGAGCAGCAGCACAGCCGGUGGUUUUAAUCUGUCCUGGACUGACUAUGGCAAUGCUACUUGUGGCUAUACAGUGGAGUGGUACAUUAUGGGAGAUACACCACCAUCUCUAUUACAGUGGAAGAAAAUUCCUGAGGGUUACAAUGCAUUACAAUUACCUGCUGAUAAUUUCAGAGCAGGCUGUCGCUACACAUUUAAUAUCUAUGGAUGCACAGAGAAUGGAUACAAACUUCUGGAGAUACAGACUGGAUAUUCCCAGGAGACUGUAAUGGUUCCACGUCCUCGUCUGGUUGAGCCCAUUCAAAAGACUUCCUCGUCUGUGACUCUGCAUUGGCAUUACAAUGAAGAUGAUGACUCUAAUCCGGCGUUCAUCAUUGGUUACCUGGUGAAAGUAGAGGACAUGGGACCUAACACACAGCCAGGUUUUAGAAAAGCAGUCCUCAACGUGACAGUGGCAGACCCACUGAGAAAGUUUGUGACUAUAGAAGGUUUGAAGCAGAACCAUGACUACAAUUUCACUGUGAGUGCUCUCACCAAGAAAGGGAGUGGACCGGCAGUCAGCAUCACCAUCAGAACCAGAAUCAACUAUUCCACUCUGUGGGUCGGAUCACUGAUCUUUAUCUUGUCACUGCUGGGAUGCACCGUUUUGCUAUGUUCUCAAAGAAAACUGCUGAAGAGAAAAGUGACAGAGCUAUUUGUUUAUCCUGCUGGCAUGAACAUCAGAACAGUGGAGCUACAGAGAUUCCUAGAACAGACUGGUGAGAUGGUGCAGCCCCACAGGACAGAAGACUGUGUCAGCUGCGAGAUCCAUAUCGUAAAAUUCCUCCCUCAUGUUAAUAAAACACCAUCAACGCUACAAUUUCCAGUCGCCGCGACCACACCCUUUCCUGCGUCUCUGUCCUUGACUUCACCUUUACUGUCAUCACUGACACCUUCCUGUAUGCCAGUCCAAGACUACAGCCCACAGUUGGUUACGCUGAUCGAGAAAGAUCCUGCCCUUCAACAAGUUAACGACAUAACAAACAUGAUCUACUUCCAUUCCAUGAUGGAUGAUUUCCCUGAGGCAGAGGGAGACGCGAUGUCCGGUAAAGUCAAACUGAACUUUGGACCUUCUGACUGCCAACAGGAAUCGUGUAUUGUGACAUAUGGUUAUAUCUCCAAUGAAAUGUUGUGAGAAAAAAAAAACUUAAAAUGUCUAUCUGAACAUUUGUGCACGGCUUUAAUAAGGUCUGCGUGUUACACAUGAUUAAUUCAAAUUAAAUGAUAUUAAUUAACAAAUAUAUAUAUAUAUAUAUACUUGUAUUUUUCCUAUAUUGUGAAAGACCAGUGCUCAGUGGUGUAUCAUCAAAGCCUUCUCUGCUGGACCAAACAGUACCAGAAUCAAUGACUUAUUUUUCAAUAUAUUUACCAUGAACAUUUAUAAAAUAAUUAUAGUCGUUGUUCUUUCUUAUUCUUGGUUGCACUGCUUCCUGUUUUUUUUAUCCAAUCAUAUUUCAUUAUCUGUUGCGAGGGUAAAAGAAAUCCACCCUAAAGCCUUCAGAAGCAGCAUGCUAGGAGUGAAAUUGCAACAUGAAGCAAUCAUCAAAAACAAUCAUAUCAGUCCCUUUGAGUGGGGAAUCGGUGUUAAUAAAUUGGCAGGUCAUCUGGGUAACUCCCCUGUUUGGAUUUAGUUCUGUUUUUAUGAUCUAAUUGUCUGUGUUUUUGCUCCCUUUGUUUUUAUGUGUGUUCUCGGAUUUUGGAUAUUCUAUUAAAGACAUUCUUUGGA